AUGGCAGCGCCCCAGUCAAACCUCAGCAAUGGAGUUCUGCAAAUGGAGCAGCUGCAGGAGAUGGUGGAGCGCGCGCGACAGAACGGGUGGCCGUCUGCAGAUGUGCGGGAGUUGUACAUUGCUUUCUUUGAGCAUGUGAAGCACAAGAGAUACCCUUCAUCCCCGGUGGUUCCCCAUGGGGACAAUACCCUGCUGUUCAUCAACGCUGGCAUGAACCAAUUCAAGCCGAUCUUCUUGGGACAGGUGGACAAGAACUCCCCACUCGGGAGGUUGCGCCGUGUGGUGGACACUCAAAAGUGCAUCAGGGCAGGAGGAAAGCACAACGACCUGGAAGACGUGGGCAAGGACGAGUACCACCAUACGUUCUUUGAGAUGCUCGGCAACUGGAGCUUUGGCGAUUAUUUUAAGGAGGAGGCCAUCGAUUGGGCAUGGCAGCUCCUCACCGAGGUGUACAAACUUCCUAAAGACAGACUUUACGCGACGUACUUUGGGGGCGACUCAAAGUUCCCCAACUGUCCUCCGGAUUUGGAGGCGAAGCAAUUUUGGCUAAAAUAUCUCCCCGAGGAUCGUGUUCUGCCAUUCGGAGCGAAAGAAAACUUCUGGGAAAUGGCGGACGUAGGCCCAUGUGGGCCAUGCACCGAAAUUCACUUCGAUAGAAUCGGAGGCCGGAACGCUGCGAGUCUUGUAAAUAUGGACGACCCCUCCGUGCUGGAGAUAUGGAACUUGGUGUUCAUGCAGUUUAACAGGGAAAACGCUCAAACGCUGACUCCUCUUCCAGCCCCAUGCGUUGAUACAGGUAUGGGCUUGGAGCGUCUCGUCUCGGUUUUGCAGAACAAGAAGUCCAACUAUGACACGGACCUCUUCCAACCUAUUUUUGAGCGCAUCCAUUCUUUCAACACUAAACUUCCAAAGUAUCAGGGAAAGGUUGGCGAGGAGGACAAGAACAAGAUUGACACUGCCUACCGGGUACUGGCUGACCAUAUACGCUGUCUCACGGUAGCUAUCACUGACGGAGCCGAGCCCUCUAACGAAGGGAGAGGCUAUGUUUUGAGAAGAAUCCUCAGGCGGGCGGUCAGGUUUUCUAAACAGACUCUUCAGUUGCCCGACGGGAGCUUCCCUAAGCUGGCCUCCUGCGUUUGCUCCUCUCUUGGCUCAGUGUUCCCCGAGCUGCUAAGGUCUCAGGAGCGCGUUCAAUCCGUGCUGCUUAAAGAAGAACAACAAUUUACGAAAACUCUUGACAAGGCAGCUGUGAACACGGUUGCCAGAUAUUUUGUGUGCUACGGGCGCUUGCUUGCGAAGGGGGUGGAUCGUUUCAAGAAGGUCGUGGCAUCCCUUGCCCCACGUGGCAUGUUUCCCGGCUCAGAGGCGUUUACGCUGUACACAACUUAUGGAUUCCCUCUUGACCUAACACAACUUAUGGCGGAAGAAGAGGGCCGAGAGGUAGACGUGGAAGAAUUCAACAAGAAAUUCGAGGAACAUCGUGCUGCCUCCGAAAACGUAUCAUUCAAGGCGAGUGGGGGGGAAUCUGUUUGCCGCCUGCCUCCAGACCAGCAUCACAAGCUUGAGCAACAGGGACUCCCUCCAACUGAUGAUUCGUACAAGUACCAUUGGAACAUCGCGCAACGACCAUACAACCCAGAGUCCGAAACAACGCCGCCGUGCACCUGCAAGCUCCAAGCCAUUUGGAACGGAACGAACUUCAUUGACACUGUUUCUGAGGACGGUACUGUCAUAGCUCUAGUGCUAGAUAAAACUCCUUUCUACGCGGAGCAGGGUGGACAGUUGGGAGACGAGGGCUUCCUCGAAAUUAAUGGGCAUCAUUUCAGAGUCAGAGAUACGCAGAAGAGUGGCAGCUACGUGCUUCAUGUCGGAACUUUGUUCGGGGGAGCCUCCCUCAAGGUUGGGGAUUUGCUUACACCUCGAGUGAACUACGCGCGUCGUCUUGGUCUUGCGCAACACCACACGGGCACUCACCUUUUGGCGGCGGGUCUUCGGCACGUUUUGCUGGAUAGGGACAACAGCAAGAAGGAAACAGGAAAGGGGACUGAAGACAAUGACACAGAGACAGAAAGGCGGACUAUCAAGCAAAAAGGGUCUCUUGUUGAGGAGAGGAGACUGAGGUUUGACUUCGAUUGGGAUGCCCCUUUAACAAACCAACAGAUUGAAGCUAUUGAACUAUACGUUCAGAGAGCGAUUGCAUCAUCUUUGCCUGUCAAUACUGCUGUACUGCCUUUGAAGACAGCCAUGGAGCUUCCCGCCUUGUGCGCGGUUUUUGGUGAGGUGUAUCCGGAUCCAGUGAGAGUUGUGAGCAUUGGUCCGGACACGAAGGAACUCAAGACAAUACAGGAAACACAGGGGGCUGACAAAAUCAACGCCAGUGUUGAACUUUGCGGAGGUACUCACCUCAGCAACGCUUCGCAACUUGAGGAUUUUGUUGUGAUAUCGGAGGAGAGCAUAGCAAAGGGAAUCCGAAGAAUCGUUGCAGUAGCUGGCGAGGCCGCUGUUAGUGCUCGUAGUGAACUUAGAGACGUCUGCGGAACCAUAAUUUGGGUUCUGGCGUAUGGAGUGUAUGCGCAGCUGUCACUGGCGAACUUAGAAUCCGCUUCCCCGACAUUCCCUUUCUUCGAGAAGGAAGUGCAACAGGCGAAGUCUUUCGUGGAAAGCAACAAAACUAUUCCUCUGUUGAGCAGACGACGUUUGCUGGCGGAGCUCGAGCAUAAGCAGAAACUUGGGUUGGAAUUGAGCAAGUUCCGUGCUAAGGAACUGUUGAGAGUGGGGAAGGUCCUGGGGCAGGAAGCAGCGAGCGCGGCGAAAGGUAAAAAGUUCGUUGUCUUGAAUCUGACGCAACUGCAGGGAGACGGGAAGGCUUUGGAUGAAGCGGCAAAGGCCCUGCAGGCAGCUGCUCCUUCACUGCCGUUUCUGGUGCUUACGGGUCUAGAAAGUCGGGGUACUUCAUGCAUUUCUUUCAGUCCAAAGGGUUCCCCUUUAGAGUCUUCUAAGUGGCUGAACGAGGCACUGAAGGAGUUAGGUGGCAAGGGAGGUGGCAAGGAGAGGAGCGUCGGGGCAGCCAAGGACGGAACUGUAAACGGUUUGAAGCGAGCGAUCACUGCUGCCGUCGCAUUCGCUGAGGCCGCAUUGCAGUAG